AUGCUUUCUGUGGGGUUCACUUACAGUCUCGAGACUUGUCUUACAUAAAAGUUAAGCGCACUGGGAUUCCAUCUAAGCCCCACUGCUGUAUGCAAUACCGUUGUUUUGCCAUACAGAGCUAGCUCAUCAUGCGUUGCGCGGGAUGAUAGCCAGCUCUGGUACCACAGCUAGUUAUGCGAUUCGUUUGAAGCUCGGUACAUAUGUUUGCUGUUUCACAUCACGUCUGUUCUAAAAUUACAAAUAAUGAGCCACCCCCUUUUCACGUUGUUGAUACAUCUCUUGAGGAGCUUUUAAAUUACCAAUCGUAUACAUGUCAGUUUCAUGCUGUACGUUCGUUGGACCGGUAAGGUAACCUGCGGGGAUAGAAACAUCGUUGCUACGGACUUUGGAAAAUUAGGACAGCUCAUCGAUUUUGACUCACCAGAUGAUGAAGUCAUCACCACCAAAAAGAUGUUUACUCCUUCUAGCUCCGACCGUUAUGCCUGA